UCACCAGUCCACCACUACCUCCUCUGAAUCAUAGAAUCACAGGCAUAGCUUUCGCUCAUCGCCCAUCGAAAGCCUGAGUUGGCCAUGGACGAUUCGGCGCUCUCCUUCCCUUCCUACUCAUUCGACUCGCUCAUCGGCAUGGACGACAUCGAGGCGGGAUUCUCUGGCUGCUCCGCCAUCGCCGCCGCCCCACCCUUCCGACGACGGCCUACCUACCGAUCUUUUUCGCUCCCAGCCGCAACUACUUUCUUCUAUGAAGACCUCUCCGAUGACGAACCCCACCACUUCCUCGACUCUUGCUUCCUCUGCAAGAAACCCCUCUCGCGCAACGACGACAUCUUUAUGUACAGGGGUGACACUCCGUUCUGUAGCGAGGUAUGCCGUGAGGAGCAGAUAGAGAUGGAUGAGGCAAAGGAGAUGAACUGGAAGGUCGCUGUAAAGAAAGAGAAGCAACAGAAGCAGCAGAAAAAGUCUUCGAGCUCGCCUAAUUCGCAGACGAUUCACGUUCGCGCCGGCGCCGUCGUGGCUGGCUGAGAACCGAUGAGGCGGUGACAGAACUGAUAGAGAUAAGAGAUGGAGAAGAAGAAGGGGAUUAGGAUAAGGUUUGGAUUUGUUCGCACUCUUGAGAUUCAGAUCGGAUUCCGCCGCCGGCCACCGCGAUCUAUAGUUUUUUUUUUUUUAAUUUCCUGGUUCUCAGGAAAACGAAGAAACGCGAGCAACGCUCUGUCGGAGUUUGCUUUGUAAAUUUUGCGAAUCUAGGAGGUCUAUUCUAUAAUUUCGUGUUUGUGGAAACUUUCAGGUUCGUCUCCCCCUCCAUUUGGUUCUGUGCUCAUAAUAUUUUAAUUAUUUGGUACCCAGCAUUAAUUAUUGGAGAAA